GAUGCGUGUGGUCGUGAUUGGAGCGGGAGUCAUUGGGCUGUCCACUGCCCUCUGCAUUCAUGAGCGUUUCAACCCUGUGCAGCCACUGGACAUGAAGAUCUACGCGGACCGCUUUACCCCGUUCACAACUAGUGACGUGGCUGCAGGGUUCUGGCAGCCCUAUCUCUCGGACCCCAGAAACCCGCAGGAAGUGGAAUGGAACCAGCAGACCUUUGACCACCUCCUGAGCAGCAUCCAUUCCCCUCACGCAGAAAAGAUGGGCUUGUCCCUAAUCUCAGGCUACAAUCUCUUCCAAGAAGAAGUUCCGGACCCUUCCUGGAGAAACACCGUUCUGGGAUUUCGGAAGCUGACUCCCAGAGAGAUGGACAUAUUCCCUGAUUAUAACUAUGGCUGGUUCAACACAAGCUUGAUUCUGGAGGGGAAGUGCUACUUGCCCUGGCUGACUGAGAGGUUGACGGAGAGGGGAGUGCAGCUCUUCCAUCGGAAGGUGGAAUCUUUCGAAGAGGUGGCAAGAGGGGGCGCUGAUGUGAUUAUCAACUGCACAGGAGUGUGGGCUGGGGCACUGCAGGCAGACGCUUCACUGCAGCCCGGCCGGGGACAGAUCAUUCAGGUGGAGGCUCCUUGGAUGAAGCAUUUUAUCCUCACCCAUGACCCAGGCCUGGGCAUCUACAACUCCCCAUACAUCAUCCCCGGGUCCAAGACAGUUACUCUCGGAGGCGUCUUCCAGCUGGGUAACUGGAACGAAUUAAACAGUGUCCGUGACCACAACAGCAUUUGGAAGAGCUGCUGCAAACUGGAGCCCACACUGAAGAAUGCAAGAAUCAUUGGGGAACUCACUGGCUUCCGGCCGGUCCGGCCUCAGGUUCGGCUAGAAAGAGAGCAGCUGCGUUUUGGAUCUUUGAGUGCAGAGGUCAUCCAUAAUUAUGGUCACGGAGGCUACGGGCUCACGAUUCACUGGGGUUGUGCAAUGGAGGCAGCCAACCUCUUUGGGAAAAUUCUAGAAGAAAAGAAGUUGUCCAGGAUGCCGCCGUCCCACCUCUGAGGACUCUAGUGACCGUCCCUUGCCCCAUGCCCCAUGAGGACACCCCAGUGCCCUACAGCCAUUUAACUGAUAUUCCCUUUGGUGAUUCUUCACUCCCUGCCCCCACCCCUUCCCUGGCUCCCUUAGGCAAAGGUGUGAGGUGAGGAAAGCCUGGUCCUUCCCAAGCAUCCCAUCUGGUAAAGCAGGGCUGCGACACAGGCAUGACCUGAGGCCACGUAGCAACCCCGUUCUCACAACAGGACUAUACUAAGGCUGGAUGUGCUGGGUGGCAGGGUCUGUGCUCAGUCCGCUAAGGAGUGAUCUGAAACGUUUGCCUGGAACUCCGAUGAGUGACUCUAGACACACUUGCUGUCUUCCUGUAGUGAAGGGAGGAGGGGACACCCGCCCUCAGCAUUCCGCUGGUCGGUCCGCUUUAUUAAAACACUUUUUGGAUACCAGAACUCUCUUCAGGGUUGAUCCUAACACACGAUUUCCCCUCAUCCUCACCACCAGGAAGGCCCUCUGGGAGGAGACUUUAUCUAGGUUGUGCAUGUAUGUGUGAGACCAGGAGAGACGGGGAGGGCUUAGCUCAGGAUGCCGAGCGCAGAAGUUAAAUGUUCUACCACGGAGCCGAACCCCAUCCUCUUGAGACCUGAAAUCGAUUUUGCUGAUCGAUUGUAUACACGUAUGAAGAUGUGAGCAUCCACGACCAUGACACGUGGGGGUCAGAGGACAACCUGUAGCAGUCAGUUCUCUCCGUCCACCCUGCGGGUUCCAGGGAUCAAAUUCAGGGCAUCCGUCCUGGCAGCAAGCCCUUUAUCCACUGAGUCCUCUCCCCAGCCUACUGAACAUCUUUUGACAUUUUAUGAAAUACGUUCUCAUGUGGAGAGAAACUGAUGACAUCCCACUAAUAAAUGAACCUUCUAUAACAGGAUUGCUUUAAA